UGCUUUUUUGGAUGAAUCGUAAGGGGUGUCAGGUCUCAGAGGCUCGGCCUGGGGCCUGGGUCUGCUCGUCCAUCUGCAGCUCCAGGGCCGGCAUCUGCGCUGGGUGCAGUCCCAGGGCCUCCCGGGAGCUGUUUGACACAGAUGUGAUGGCUUGCCUGAGAGAGACCUGUUUGCCUCCGCAGGCCGUGCGGCCACCCACCCUCCUCACAGCCCCCACUCCCUCAGGAUCUCUUAGCUGAACCAAGGGGAAUUAAGAGAACGUGCCCAGGCACUCAGUUCUCUAUCCACCCUAAAGCUUCUUUAGGAAGGGAAGCUGGAUUUUACACAGAAAAAUAUUCAGCUUCAAGGAAAGCCCCCACCUACCCUUCUCCCCUGACUGAAUUCCUUUCCCCACCGGCCUGCCCACGGUCCCCCACCCCUCGAUGCAGGGAACUGCCUUAUUAUAGUAUGGGGCAUUUUCAGGAAUUUGAACAAAAUAGUUUUAAAAGAAACCCAUUGGCCCUCUGACAUCUCCCCAGAAGAGAAUGCUUCCAGAAAAGCAAUGGUUAGGGUUUUUCCACUGUGUUCUCAGGCCUUGUCAGACUCUGCAGUGUGUGGGAUUUCUGUGGGGGUGCCCCCUGCUGACAGCCGCAGGUAGCACAAGCUCUCGCCUCAGGCUGGAGCCGGGCCCGCGUGUGGAUGGAUGAGUCUUUUGUAUGCCCGAAAGUGUGUCAGACAUCAUUAGGUGCAAUCGCUUCAUGUUACAGAUGAGGAAACUGAGGCCAGAAAGGCUAGAUGACUUAGGGAGGCAGCUCUGUGUUUCAGGCUAGUUCAGAGACCCGGGGAAAGGGGUGGUUUGCCCGUCCAAGUGAACGCUUGAUUCUUUUGUCUUCGUGUUCUCUGUGACACUGUUUUUGAUAAUCUAAGGUAUUCUCGGGCCAGAGUUUUCAGUUUGGUCGUUCUCCUUUUUCAGAAGUCACCAGAGUGGCAAAUUUUUACAUACAUUGUUGAUGGCUGAUUUUUCCCUCUAAAACAGGAUUGAAUAUAUGUGUUAUGCCCCGUCCUUUGCAUGUAUUGGAUUGCAUGAUUUAAAAAAAAAAAAAAAAAUCCCUAUUUUAAAGAUGAAGAAACCGGAGGUCAAAGAGGGGCAUGAAUAUUUAUAUACUACAUCUAUAUGAAAAAAAAAAGCUUAAGAAUUUCAGCAGGCUGGGUAGUAAAUGUGCCGCACGUUCGCGACAGCAGAGGUAGGAUUUAACCCCUGAUGUAUUUAAUCCAAAACUGAUAAGCUUUGCAUCGAAGCCCACAGCAAACUACAUGGCAUACCUUUUUGGAUCUUCACUGCACCUUCAGAAAAACAGCUAUAAACAGAAAAACAGCUAUAAACAAACGAACAUGCAAACUCCCUAUGCAAGCUAAAGAAAGAUGAGAAAUCACUUAACAAGAGGUCAGCAAAUUGGUUCUCACAGCUGCUGGGUUCCUCCCAGAAGAACAAACACUCAAGCACCCAACCCUCAAUCUUUCUUUAGCAGUAAGUGUUGAAAUACUCCACUGGGUUCUCCUCAAUGGGCCCCUUCUUAGGGAGGUCCAAGGGCUGGGAAAUCGACCCUCCCUUGCUCACAAGGCUUAGGACAGAGUGGAUAUUUGGGUGUCACUGAGGCUUUGGGGAAGGAAAACCAAUUUUCUUCCCGAUGAGACCACUCAGAGGGUGGGAUUGAGGAAGCCCUUUCUUGGCCCCUUUUUUUCUAUAUUUUGCACCCUAUGGCCUUUUUCUGCCUAGUGACGAUUUGGCCCGUAAACUGCCAAUGUGUAGACGUUUAAUUGGGUCCAUUUUUCGUCACAUGCCCAGAGUGAAGUUGAUGAUCACCACCACAGUCAGGAAGGAAUUUUCCUCCUCUGGCAAACUGGCCAAGGCUGAGUGGUUUGCUCCUUCCCCUCUCUCUGGGAGGCUGAGCAGGGGUGCCAGGUUGUUCAGGCCAUGGCGCCACACCUGUUAUUGCUGCCUCUGAAUGUGUAACGCUGAGAAGCCCACAGGCCUGUGUCUCCGACUGGGUGGACGCUCUCUGUGUGCAUUUGGUGUGUGAGCCGGCUCUGAGAAGGGUUCAGAAGCCACUGGAGGCAUCCGGGGACCCCAGCUUCCAUGCCAUCGCUGCCUCACUCCCACAGGGUGAUGUUGGACUCGGUGACACACAGCACCUUCCUGCCGAAUGCAUCCUUCUGCGAUCCCUUGAUGUCGUGGACUGAUCUGUUCAGCAAUGAAGAGUACUACCCUGCCUUUGAGCAUCAGACAGCCUGUGACUCAUACUGGACAUCAGUCCACCCUGAAUACUGGACUAAGCGUCACGUGUGGGAGUGGCUCCAGUUCUGCUGCGAUCAGUACAAGUUGGACAUCAAUUGCAUCUCCUUCUGCCACUUCAACAUCAGCGGCCUGCAGCUGUGCAGCAUGACGCAGGAGGAGUUCGUCGAGGCAGCUGGCCUCUGCGGCGAGUACCUGUACUUCAUCCUCCAGAACAUCCGCACACAAGGUUACUCCUUUUUUAAUGACGCUGAAGAAAGCAAGGCCACCAUCAAAGACUAUGCUGAUUCCAACUGCUUGAAAACAAGUGGCAUCAAAAGUCAAGACGGUCACAGUCAUAGUAGAACAAGCCUCCAAAGUUCUCAUCUAUGGGAAUUUGUACGAGACCUGCUUCUAUCUCCUGAAGAAAACUGUGGCAUUCUGGAAUGGGAAGAUAGGGAACAAGGAAUUUUUCGGGUGGUUAAAUCAGAAGCCCUGGCAAAGAUGUGGGGACAAAGGAAGAAAAAUGACAGAAUGACAUACGAAAAGUUGAGCAGAGCCCUGAGAUACUACUAUAAAACAGGAAUUCUGGAGCGGGUCGACCGAAGGUUAGUGUACAAAUUUGGAAAAAAUGCACACGGGUGGCAAGAAGAUAAGCUAUGAUCUGCUCCAGGCAUCAAGCUCAUUUUAUGGAUUUCUGUCUUUUAAAACAAUCAGAUUGCAAUAGACAUUGGAAAGGCUUCAUUUUCUUCUCUCUCUCUUCUUUUUAACCUGCAAACAUGCUGAUAAAAUUUCUCCACAUCUCAGCUUACAUUUGGAUUCACAGUUGUUGUCUAUGGGGGGUGACAGCGACUCUUAAGAAAUCCUUUCUUCUCCGUAAGGGGAUGAGGGGAUGAUCUUUUGUGGUGCCUUGAUCAAACGUUAUUUUCCUAGAGUUGUGGAAUGACAACAGCCCAUGCCAUUGGUGCUGAUCAGAGAAAAACUAUUCAAUUCUGCCAUUAGAGACACAUCCGAUACUCCCAUCCCAAAGGUUCAAAUGUGUUCAAAUAACUGUGGCAGCUCACCAAAGGUGGGGGAAAGCAUGAUUAGUUUGCAGGUUAUGGUAGGAGAGGGUGAGAUAUAAGACAUUCAUACUUCAGAUUUUAAAUUAUUAAAGUCAAAAAUCCAUAGAAGACUAUCCUUUUUUUUUUUUUUUUUUGAGACGGGUUCUCGCUAUGUUGCCUGGGGCUGGUCUUGAACUCCUAGGCUCAAGCGAUCCUCCCACCUCGGCCUCCCAAAGUACUAUGAUUACACGUGUGAGCCACGGCACCUGGGCAGAAAAGUAUCUUAAUUAGUGAAAGAGCUGAGCCAUCGAACUGGGACAUAAUUGGAUUUAAAAUAAGUUCAUAGUAAGUUUCUUAACCAGAGCAUCUUUUUGACCACUCAGCAAAACUUCCACAGACAUCUUUCUGGACUUUAACACUUAACAUUAACCACAUUAUUAAUUGUUGCUGAGUUUAUUACCCCUUCUAACUGAUGGCUGACAUCUGAUAUGCAGAGUUAGUCAACAGACACUGGCAUCAAUUACCAAAUCACUGCUGUUUCUAUGAUUCAAGCUGUCAACACAGUAAAAUCAUAAUUCAUUGAUUCUAUCUCUGGUCCAGAUGUUAAACAUUUAUAAAACCGGAAAUGUCCUAACAACUCUGUAAUGGUCAAUUAAAUUGCGAGUCUUUGUUUUGUCUUCCUACCUGAUGUGUAUUCAAAUGCUGAAACACAUACUCCCUUGACAAAAAUCGUGACAGUGAAUUUACACCAAUAAAUGUUCAUGGGUUAAAGUCUGCACUGACAUUUUCUCAUCAAUCACUGGAAUAUAAGUUAUUAGUGGCUUACAGCUAGGUGGACUGCCCCUAGGACUUCUAUUUCACCACAGCAGGAAUCAAUUGGUGAGGCACUGAACUGCUGUACAGGCUGAAGACCUCCGUACUUAAAGUUGAACUUCAAAGUAACCUGUUUUAAAAAAUGUGAAUUACUGUAAAAUAAUCUGUUUUUGGAUUCAUGUGUUUUCCAGGUGGAUAUAGUUUGUAAACAAUGUGAAUAAAGUAUUUAACGUGUUCAACUGUCUGUGUAUCGUUCAAUUCAGCAUGGUAGGCUCAGCAAAACACUGACAACCUGUAAAACCUUUGGUGACUCUUCCAUUUCCUAGCAGUUGUGGUUGGAGAUUUAUCUUUUAUUUUUGGAGAUGGGUUUUUGCUUGUUGCCCAAGCUGGCCUUGAACUCCUGGGCUCAGGUGAUCCUCCCAUCUCAACCUCCCAAGUACCUGGAUUACUAUGAACCUUUGCUACAUCCACACCACACCCAGCAGGCUGGAGAUUUUUAAAGAGCCCAAAAAGAUGCAAGAAAUAUAUGGGGUAAUCUUACCCUCCACCUUUAAUAUCGUAAGACAGAGGUUCCCAUCACAAAAUGGAGUUCAUUGGCGCGCAUAGCCUACAGAUGCGUUUUUGUUUGGUGCACAUAGCAUUGUCUGUUUUUUUGAGCUUUUCUUUUAUUUCUUACUGUGACUUCAUUGCCUUAUUUAGAAAUCGAAAGAUUCACCUAAAAAUCCAGAUUUCUAGCUUCUCUUUUAAAAUCAUAUCUGGCAACACUAGUUUCUCAGUCUCUUGUGGUGUUAAUUUCCUGGAGCUAAAUUGAAGUUGCACCUUUGCACAGAGGAUUUGGUCACUUUCUACUGCCUUCUGGACAUACAGGUUGUCAGCUGUCAUUCAACUUUGUUCUUGCACUACUGAUGGUUGUUGUUAAAGCAUCCAGAAUGCCUUUACAUUUUGAAUGUGGGACCCAUGUCCUGGCCAUCUGAAGAGGUAAGUACCAUGUUAAUGGACCAGUCAGGAUUAAAGGAAAGACUGUCCAGGAGAAGAGAAAUCAGCUAACAGGAGGGGAAUGGGGAGUUUUCAGGCAAGAGCUUGGCAGUGACAAUAAAGCACAGCCAAGCAGCUCAGAGGCAUGGCGGGGACUGGGGUGGGGCAAACAGGCAGAAGUGGGCAGGACUGCAGAGAAACACACUGGCUAGGAGAUGUGGAUGCUUUCCCUCCCACCCCCGGGCACCAAGCAGUUCAGAGAACAAAAACAUUCAUCCUUCUUACUACUCAAGAAAUUUUCAUUUUAGGAAACCAUUAAACUAGCAUCCUCUUUGGAUUAGCUUUCUAGGGCUGCCUGUGAAAAAUUACCAAAAUCGGUGGCUUAAAACAACAGAAAUGUCUUCUCUCGCCGUUCUGGAGGCUACAAGUCUGAAAUCAAGGAAGCCAUAGGGUCUAAGAAAGAAUUCUUCCAAAAAGAAAAAGAAAAGAAAAAAAAAAAA